UUCCCAUGGUGCAUUUCGGCAGAACAGAGGCGCCGACAUUCAAAAACAUGGCGGAACCUUUUUUAGUUUUAAAACUGGCUCCAGAUUCUGAAGUCUCCGAAAAUCAAUCCGCCGCAAAGAGCGAAGACACCUUGGUGAAGCGACGACUAUCUUUUUCCUCCGAAAAAGAAAUUAGUUCACGAGAGGAAACGAGUUUAACGUACUUAGAUCUAAGUUUACAAAGUCUUCCUGACGAUCUAAACUCUUCCUCGCAACCGUCUGAGGAGAAGUUGUCAGUGAAGGCCCCAAACGGAACCGAUAUCUGCUCUGAACAGUGUGGAGGGAACAAAGGAAACACUCAAGGUUACAGUGAUGUUGGCAACACAUUUACAGAAGACCAACAGGAAGAGGGGGAGACCACUUCCUGUCAGGAGUCUGCUGGUAAACAUCACUCUCACACGGAGAACAGAGAUGCUGAGGUGCUGAGGAGAGCAAAGGAAGAAGGCUGUGUGAAUGUGAUCUUUCCUGGCCCUGUGACCCAAGAUGGCAGCUACCGCUUUGUUAGUGAGAUCCUCAAAUGCAUUCUCUACCAGAGGCAGCAGCUCCCCAUGACGUAUGAUCAGCUCGUGUACUCCCAGAAGAAGCAGCAAGACGUGGAGGAUAAAGAUGUGGUGAGGCAAAGGAAAGUCCACUCUGCAGAUGUGGAUCACAAGUGUCAACAGACCCUUCAGGAGCUGGAAGAGGUGCUCCACCAGCUGGAGGUGCUGUUUUCCCUCAGCAGAGUCCCGCGAGUGUUACUGUUGAUGGGCGGUUCCCUCGUCCUGCCAAAGGAGCUUUACGAGAUCAACAUGGAGGACCUGCUGCUGGUUGGCGGGGGCCAGUGUCUGCGAGUGUCCUCCUGCUUGAGGCUCCUCUUCCGCACUCUUUUCGUUGCCGACCUCCUGUCCGACUCCAGACCCGUUCGCUUGAUGCCUACCACCGUUUUAGCUCUGGCACACAGGGAUUGCGGCGUCGGCUGGUUUCGCCCGAAAUUACAGUUUAAAAUUCCGACCCGGGUCAAAAACCAGAUCAUCACUUUGGCCACUGAUCCCAACGUCUGUGAGAAGCAGAAAAAGGAGAGCGACUGGCAAGAUUAUGUUUGGUUCCAGGCACCUGUGACUAUUAAGGGCUUUAGCAACUAACACUAAAAAGGAUUUUGAUCACCAGAAUUUGUGUCUGUGUAAUAUAAGAGGGUUUAUUUUUAAUAAAAUGUCAUUUUUGCAUCAUAGUAAGAUGCAAAUGCUAAUGA